AGUGCUUCAGCGACAUCGAGUACCACGCCUGCAAGUCCCAGAACGAGAGUAACGUCUUCAACUUCAGAACUUGUUACAACAGUACCUAUGCCGCUGUGAAUAACCUGAGUGACAUUCCAGAGUCCGUGAGGAUAUCUGCGCCAGAAGAAUAUUUGAACCAUUACAUGCUGGGAAAGUCAAAGAGUUUUGCAGAUUAUGGUACAAUACAAUGGCCUUUGAUGUUGAGUCUUCUGGGAGCGUGGAUCGUUGUUGUAUUAAGUCUUCUGAAAGGCAUCAAGACAUCCGGCAGGGUGGUGUAUUUUACGGCAACGUUUCCUUACCUUAUACUGAUCAUUCUGUUUAUACGUGGAGUUACGUUAGAAGGUGCUUCUGAUGGAAUAUAUUUUUACCUUGUGCCAGACUUUUCCAAGCUUAUGCACGUCACUGUAUGGCAAGAUGCAGCAAUACAAGUAUUUUAUUCUUUUAGCAUAGCAGGAGGAGGAAUGAUAACAUAUGCUAGCUACAAUAAAUUUCAUAAUAACCUUAUAAAAGAUGUAUUAAUCAUAGGUAUCGGAGACAUGCUGACUAGUUUAUUUAGCGGUUUGGUUGUCUUUUCUAUGCUGGGAUUUAUGGCCGUCCAACUUCAGAAAUCAGUACAUGAUGUUGUCAGUUCUGGUACUGGUCUCGCAUUCAUUGCAUACCCUGAUGCCAUCACUCGAAUGCCAGUGGCUACAUUGUGGGCACUGCUAUUCUUUUUCAUGCUCUUUCUGCUAGGAAUAGACAGCCAGUUUGCAACGGUGGAAACUAUUAUUACGUUCGUCUUUGACCAAUUUCCUUCCACAAGAGCCAGAAAACCCAUUGUUGUAUGCGUAGUAGCCACCAUGUUGUUUCUUCUGGGGCUGCCCUUGACUGCCAAC